CAUUUUCUGUCAAACAAUAAUAUGUACUCGAGCAUGUUUGGGAAUCAAAAUAAACAAGUUACAGCUAAAUUCCAAAAUACACGCAACACUAAUGCCAGCAAGUCCAAUGUGACCAAGUCCAAGCCGGCCCAGCAGCCUAGAAGAGACGUACGCUACAUAGCGAGCAGUGCAUCAUCGCCCAGGAUGCGAACCAGAACAGUUGAGUCCAACAGCAAUGUGCUAAGCCGGCGCAUUUUUCGACCCUCCGCCUCGCGCAUCUUUGACUAUGAUCUUUCCCGUGAGGAGCACAGAUGCUUUGGCUCCUGCAAUAGCGCCAUGAAAUCUGUGCCGGCGGCAGAGCAAGCGCUGCUGCGUAGCGGACAACGUGCCACAUAUUUGGAGACGCGCUAUUUGCGCACACCAGACCAAAGGUACAACUAUCCAGAGGCGACCAGUUGGCGCUAUGGUUGGUUUCAUCGUCAGAAUGUGAAGAACUGAAACGCUUGGACGGCAUAUAGAUUGCCUUUUACACUACUUGACAACUUAAAUUGGAUUUGUUCUUUAUUUGAAAUAAAGUUUUUGCAUUUUUGAUGGAAACAAUCGAAAGCCUUAAGCAC